AGUCUGAGAGCACUGUGUAUCACGAAUGUGAUAGAAGUGUACGUUGGUAUUUAUUUAUCCCCGUCCGAAAAAACGAUUGCAAAAGUGGGAAUAGCCAUACAUCUACAGCUAGUGGUGUUUCAAGACACAAUGAAAAGCCGAAUGUGCGAGUGGAGGGAGGAGACCCCCAAUAUGGCAUAUCACUGGAAGCAAUGCGGCCCUAUGAUCAAAACAGGAACCAGGAACUGUACUCAAACUGGGCUGACUCUAUCAGGUCAUUUCCAAAGGUCACAAAAAAAAAGCUGCGGCCACUGUCAGAGCUGGUGAAGGAAGUUCAGUGUGCUGGGGUAAAGAGGCUCUACCUUCGCAGAGCCAUAGAGCAGUAUCUUGCUGAGAGCGACCCCUGCCACUGCCGUCCCUGCAGCAACAAUGGCCUGGCUUUCAUGGAUGGAAAUGAAUGCAAAUGCAUCUGUAAACCUGGCACAGAAGGACUGGCCUGUGAGAGGGGAACUGAAGAGGAGGGUCAGCCAGGAGUUAUCCAUGGUAGUUGGUCGUGCUGGUCUGCCUGGUCAUUGUGCUCUGGGGGUCAAAGGUCACGAAGUCGUUCCUGCUCUAAUCCCAUUCCUCAGAAUGGAGGACAAGCCUGUAUUGGAGAACCCACUGAAACGUCUGAAUGUGAAGACCAAGAUCUGCAACACUUAAAAACCAUGGAGCCUCAGUGCUUUGAUCGAACUCUCCCAGCAAGACAGAAUUGUGGAACCCCGCCUGCUCUCAUCAAUGGCUACAUCCUGGACCCUAAGGACAUUUACCUUGUGGGUAGUAGGAUUCAGUACACCUGCACUGAAGGUUACCAUUUUGUUGGUCUCAACACCUUGGAAUGCACUGUUGGUCAAACCUGGUCUUCCAGACUUGGACUGUGUGUGGUUUCAAGGUGCAGGAUCGAGUCCCUCGCUAAUGAUGUCAUAGCCUCUCCAUUAAAGCAGGCCUAUAGCAUAGGGGAGACAGUCACCUUGUCCUGUCCAGAGGGUAGACAGCUACAAGGAGAAGCAACAAUUAUUUGUGACUCCAGUCUGAAUUUUUCACCAAACCCAGCAGACGUUAAAUGCAACCCAGUCAGCAUACCACAAGAACAUAUUCCUACCCAAUGUAAACUGUGGGAGAAGGCUUCUAGAGGAAAAUGUGUUUGCAAAUUGCCCUAUGAGUGCGGUUCUUCUUUGGAGUUGUGUGCCACUGCUGCUGAGGGUAGCAGAAAAUCAUCCCUUCUGACUGUGUGCAAAGUGCACGCACUGCAGUGUGUGGGAAAGCAAUUCACGGCAGCAGAAGACAGCAACUGCAACUGGCCGCAGCGCAACACAGCAGGCUGUACCAACUGUCACAUGUGGGAGACCUGUGACGAUCAAACCAAUGAGUGCCGCUGCAAGGACUCUGCACUUUGCUUGACCCCAGGAUUUAAUGUGUGUGUCCGUAUUGGGGAGGAUGCAACUGCGGCCACUCAGACCAUGAGUGAGUGUGAAGCAGGAUUACGUCGAUGUAAAGGAGAAAAGGUGUCAGUUUUUAGUAUCCAGCCCUGCACUUCCUAAGGAUGCAGGAUGUGGGCUGAGCUUAUGACCACUAAUUUUCAUCUUCCUUUACACAUGCAUCAUCAGUUAUAUUUUUUGACUGAAUUAAUUUUGUUUCAAGUAUAACUACUUAAAUCACUGUAAUGUCACGCUAUUAUGCAUGUAUGAAACAAAAUGUAACAGUAUCAACACAACAAAAAAAUAGUAAAGUAAUAGUAAAGCUCAAUUCCUUCUCAUGGUUGUACUUUUUUUGUCAAAUCCAGUAUAUUGAGAACUAGAGAAUGGCCCAGAAAACAUAAUUAUGGAUGUACUAUCAUUAUAGAUUCAGCAG